AUGCCUCGUCCCACCAAACCCACCACCCUCAUCCUCUCCCACAUAACCCCAGCGGACAUCCCCUGCCUAACCCCCAUCUGGUUCGCGGCCUUCACAGACCCCGCAAUCCGGCGUCUCUUCCCCGACACCCCAGCCGUGCGCGCCUGGCUAACAGCCGCAAACACCCACGAUGCAACGCGCAAGCCGUUCCAGAAGUACGUGAAAGUCGUUGACGCUGCCGUGGAAGUCGAGGCUGAAUGCGAGGCUUUCUUUGGGCGGGAGGAGAGGGAGAGGGCGCGCGUUAUGAGGGGGUUGAAGCAUUACUACCUCGAUACCCUCGUUACGCAUCCCGCGUACCACCGGCGCGGGGCGGGCUCGAUGCUCCUGCAGUGGGGAUGCGAGCUCGCGGAUCGGGACGGCGUCGCGCUGUACGUGGAUGCGAGUAAGGCUGGGGCGAGGCUGUAUGAGCGGUUUGGGUUUGUGGAUGAGAGUUUGCCUGGGAGCGGGGAGAUUGCGUCGAUGGUGAGGCGCGGUAUGGCUAGGUAG